AUGGGUGCCUUAAAAUACGUCGAGGAGCUUCAGAAGAAGAAGCAGUCCGAUGUCCUUCGCUUCUUGUUGCGUGUCCGAUGCUGGGAGCUCCGUCAACUUAAUGUGAUCCACCGUGCUUCCCGCCCAUCCCGCCCCGACAAGGCUCGUCGUCUCGGAUACAAGGCCAAGCAGGGAUACGUUAUCUACCGUGUCCGUGUUCGCCGUGGUGGCCGCAAGCGCCCUGCUCCCAAGGGUGCCACCUAUGGCAAGCCCACCAACCAGGGUAUCAACCAGCUCAAGUACCAGCGCUCCCUCAAGUCCACCGCUGAGGAGCGUGUUGGCCGUCAUGCCGCCAACCUGCGUGUCUUGAACUCCUACUGGAUCAACCAGGACUCCACCUACAAAUACUACGAGGUCAUCUUGGUCGACCCCCAGCACAAGGCCAUCCGCCGCGAUCCCCGCAUCAACUGGAUCGUCAAGCCUGUCCACAAGCACCGCGAAUCUCGUGGUCUUACUGCCACUGGCAAGAAGUCCCGUGGUAUCCAGAAGGGUCACGGCUACACCAAGACCAACGCUGGCCGAAGAAAGACCUGGUUGCGCCACAACACCCAGAGCUACUGGCGCUACCGCUAG